AACGCGAGUGAUCUGUUGUCAGUAGGAAUUAACUGUAUGGACAUUACCGAGAAAAUAAAUAUUUUUUGAAGAAUGGAGUCUCCGCCUGACCUGGAAACAGUUUACCAGGCUGUAUAUUCUUUAUAUAAUAAUUCAAAUCCUUCGGGAUCAGGAAAAGCAUCUCAAUGGUUGGACGAAUUACAAAAAUCAGUAUUUGCAUGGAAAAUAGCAGAUGAAAUGUUGCAGCAAAAGCGAGAUAUUCAGUCUUGUUAUUUUGCUGCACAAACAAUGCGUACCAAAAUACAGUUGUGUUUCCAAGAAUUACCAUUGGAAGCUCAUACUUCUUUAAGAGAUUCUUUAAUGAAUCACAUAUCACAAAUCAAUGAACAUACUAAUUCUGCAAUUGUUACUCAGUUAUGUUUAGCAUUAGCAGAUUUUGCAUUACAAAUGUCAACCUGGCAAAAACCAAUUGUGGAUUUAAUUAAUAGAUUCGGAGGAUCUAAUGCUAGUUUAUGGCCAUUACUUGAAAUAAUGACUGUAUUACCUGAAGAAGUAAAUUCAAAAUCUCUUAGAUUAGGAUCUAAUCGCAGACAACAUAUAUUACUUGAACUUAAUGCAACUGCAGAUGCAGUAACAGAAUUUUUGAAAAUGUGUCUAAAAAGUGGUGGAGAAAAUGUACAAAUUCGGGUUAUAAUUCUGAGGUGUUUUACAAGUUGGAUUGCAGUACAUGCUAUACCUCUUGUACCUACAAGUGAUGUUAUUGUAUAUACCCUUCAGAUACUUGGCAAUGAUAUAACUGGAUCUCAAUUACAUGAAGCAGCUACAGAUUGUAUAUGUGUAAUUCUGCAAGUUUUGGAAGAAGAUAGUAAUAGCAAUCGGGAUAAUAAUAGUGAAUCUAAUAUACAAUUACAACAGUUACAACUAUUCCUCUUUACUAGUGUAAUGACUUUAGAACAACGAUACCAUUUAUCUGUAGCACAUGAAGAUAUGGACAAAUCAAUAAAUUACUGUCGGAUUUUUACGGAGUUAGCUGAGACUUUCUUAGAAACCAUGGUGAAUGGAUGUGUAGGAGGAAAGCAACAUUAUGCUAUUAAAAUCCUUGAUCUUGUCUUAGUAUGCGUUGGACAUCAUGAUUAUGAAGUAGCACAAAUAACUUUUAACCUGUGGUAUCGUUUAUCUGAGAUUCUAUACCAAAAAAACAGCGAUGAUCUCAAUGCUGUAUUUAGACCUCAUAUUGAAAGAUUAAUUGGAGCAUUAUGCAGGCAUUGUCAAAUGGAACCAGAUCAUUUGGGUCUGGUAGAAGAAGGCGCUGGCGGUAAAGAAUUUGCAGAUUUUAGAAAUCGUGUUUCAGAUCUGAUAAAGGACGUUGUAUUUGUAGUUGGAAGUAGUCACUGUUUUCGACAAAUGUUUUCAUCCUUGACAGGUGGUCCAGGACCACAAGGUCAACCUAAUCAUGUACCUACAUGGGAUUCAACAGAAGCUGUUCUGUUUGUAAUGCAAGCAGUAGCAAAAAAUAUUUUACCAGGAGAAAAUGACAUAGUGCCAAAAGUAGUAGAGGCUAUUUUAAAUUUACCAGAAAAUACUCAUAUAGCUGUUCGUCACACAAGUAUUCUUUUGUUAGGAGAGUUUUGUGACUGGAUAUAUCUUCAUCCACAGUCUUUAGAUCCCAUUCUUAAUUUUCUAUUGUCCUGCUUAAAUCAAAAGGGCUUGGGAAGUGCAGCUUGUUGUGCAUUAGUGUGUAUAUGUAGUACAUGCCCAGGACAAAUGUUAUCACAUUUUUCAGGAUUAUUGCAAAUAGUAUCUUCUCUUCACACCUUUGUUAUCAAUAAUGAUGCUGCUAUUGGUUUACUUAAGGGAGUGUCAAUAAUCAUGUCAGGUUUAACAGUUGAAAAAUUUACACCGGCUAUGAAAGAAUUAUGUUGGUUUCAAGCUAGACCAUUAUGUGAAAUUAUGGAACGUAGAAUUCCAAUUGAAGUAGGAACAAAUACUGACCCUGCAGUAUGGCUAGACAGAUUAGCCACUAUAUUUAAGCAUACUUGUCCCUUGUAUAAUAUUUACUUUGAGCCUCAUCCUGGUCAAAACGCUAUUACCGAAAUGUGGCCCAUAUUAUCAAAUGUAUUUACAACAUAUCAACAAGACGCAAAAUUAAUGGAAAGGUGUGGCCGUUGUUUAAGAUUUGCCGUUCGUUGCGUAGGUAAAGAUUCCGCCCAUCUUCUUGAGCCGAUUGCAAAACAGAUUGUGCAAUUAUAUUCAGCUCAUCAACAUAGUUGUUUUUUAUAUGUUGGUUCAGUAUUAGUUGACGAAUAUGCUAGACUUUCGGAAUGUGUCCCUGUAUUGUUAGAAAUGUUGGAAGCAUUUAUUGGACCUACUUUUAAUAUUCUUCAAGAACAAGAUGGGUUAAAGAAUCAUCCUGAUACAGUAGAUGACCUUUUUAGAUUAUGUACUAGGUUUCUUCAAAGAGUUCCAAUACAGUUUCUAUGUUCUGUUGUAAUAGAGAGUGUAAUUGACUGUGCCUUAGUGGCCUGUAAUUUAGACCAUAGAGACGCAAAUGUAUCAGUUAUGAAAUUCUUUUAUAACCUUUUACACUGUGGUCGCAAUCAUGAGACUCGAACGGAUUAUACAAUACGACAAGGAUUAGUAGACCGUAUAUUAAAAGAAAAAGGACAAACAUUAGUCAUAAGGUUACUUCAUGCAUCCGUAUUUUCAUUAUCGUCUUACGUGUUGUCCGACGUAGCAGAUGUUUUUGUUGAACUUUCUCUAACCGAUAGACAACUACUAUCCAAGUGGUUAGAAGAAGCUAUUAAGACUAUGCCAUCUCAAAAUGCAGGUGGUUCUCCUACAGCACAACCUGAACAACUGUUUGAAUUUCAUAAUACAGUUACAAGCGCGGAAUCAGCAAAAUCCGUAAAUCAUGCCUUACGCAAUUUUGCACGUUUGUAUCGCUGAUGCAUUUUAAUGUAAAAAUUAAGAUUAAGAAUGUUAAAAUUGUAAACAGCAAAGAUCUUCCAGGAUCCUUCAUAUAUUCACUGUAU